CACGUGGAAGUCUGGGGACCGAACCAGAGCCAUCUACCACGACAGUUAGCGCGAGAGCUGCCUGCCUGAUCUUCUCCUCCUUCCUCCGUGGAAGUAGUACCGCCAUUAAAAUUUUCUUCUAGGUUUCAUUAAUGGCGAGCCGGUGGGAAAGAGGGCGAUACCAUUGUAGUGACUAAUGACACGAGGAUGAAGUAGUUCCGUUGCGUAGUCUGGAAAGUUGUGAACCCUAUCUCCAAGGGAAUGAAGCGUUUCGCGGUGAGCCGCCUUCCGUCAAUGGCCAGGCCGGCAGGGCUGGCUCUGAGAUUGAUGAGAAGUGCUGCUUUUGCAUCUGCCAGUGCGGCCAAACCAGAAGGCGGAGUCUCUAUGGUUCAGGGCGCUUCCAGAGGAAUCGGCUUGGAAUUCGUGAAACAACUCCUGGAAAGUAACGACAAUGGCCGAGUUGUAGCUACUUGCCGGAAUCCCAAUGGUGCCACUGGCUUGCUUGAAUUGAAGAAUAAGUACGCUGAUCGGCUCAACAUUUUCCCGUUGGAUCUCACUGCUGAAAAUACCAUAGAGGCAUCUGCAAAGUCCAUUAGGGAACAGUAUGGCUACCUGAACCUUCUCGUGAAUGCAUCAGGGAUCCUGUCUAUACCAAAUGUGUUGCAACCAGAGACGACGUUGAGCAAAGUAGAGAAGUCAUCGUUGAUGCUUGCUUAUGAGGUCAAUGCCGUGGGACCUAUUCUAGUGAUCAAGCACAUGUGGCCUCUGCUGAAGGCUGGAGGAGGGCAAGGUAGGGAAAGAGAUUUUUCAGUUGUGGCAAGUUUGAGUGCCAGAGUGGGAUCCAUUGGAGAUAACAAACUUGGGGGUUGGCACUCUUACCGCAGCUCCAAGUCUGCCCUAAAUCAGUUGUCCAAGAAUGCGUCGGUGGAGUUCGGGCGAAAGAAGGAUCCAAUAGUAUGCCUGGUCCUUCAUCCGGGGACUGUUGAUACCGACCUUUCAAGACCAUUCCAGAAAAAUGUCCCGAAAGAAAAGCUUUUCACCACCGAGUUCUCGGUGCAGAAGCUCCUAAGCAUCAUCAACAAUGCAAAGGCGAACGAUAAUGGCAAAUUCUUUGCCUGGGAUGGCCAGGAAAUUCCUUGGUAGUCUCCCACCUUCAUCCCAGUGCCCUCGGGCACAGUUUGUUUGGUCACAGUCUGCAUCGCAGGCUGCCUUUCUUCCAACAUGGCAAUUUACAGCUGCUGAUGAAUUUAUAGUUGUGAGUUUGGAGUUUUAUAUUUUCUGCCUACAUCAUGGGACUAAAGAUGCGUAAUAGACUAAUAGUUCAAGAAUCGAGAGAAAACACCCUAUAGUUUAGAGAUCGUGAACUAUUUUUGAUGAUUGCUGUCCUGCCUCCAUGCUGCUUCUUGCUCUUGCUGUUUGGCCUAUUUAACGUUGUAUGGUUUCUUUCUCUCUGAGGGCAUCUGUUAGUGUUUGUAAUACUCUCCUGAGCUUAGCAGUUUGCUUUCUUAUCGUUUUCCCUUAUUCUUUUGCCAUCUUGCAGGGGUUUCCCCUGCUUUUGGCCUUUGCUUUUCCAUGUAUGUUCCUGCCUUACUCUUAUGAAUAAAAUGGUUUCACCCUU